UUUUCUUCCUUUGUAUGAAAUAAAUGGCAUAAUUGCACGAAUCAACAAUUUAUUUCAAAACGUGAUCCUCUUUCCUUCGAAAAUGGUAUAUUUAUGGAAUUUCUCUAUUAAAAACGGGCUGUUUUCUCUUGGCUGCUUUCUUUUCCUGCAAAGAAUGGCGUCAUACAGUAAAGCUACAUUUAAAUAACUAUCUUUAUACGAUGAAAUGAUAAGUUAAAUAGAAGUUCUAAAUAAUAAUAAGCCGAAAAUUGAAUGCUUGAAAGAGUUUUGUUUGGUUACAUCUGUUUUUACAGUUAUUGAUGUUCAACUCAAUAAUUAUAAUUUUUCAUGCCUUAUAAUUUUGAACCUAAUCCAGAGGGCAAGGGAGCUCUUGGAUCAAGCAUGCUGGCUUUAAUAAUUAAAUCUUUUUUAUUCAUAAUUCGUAGGGGCUUACAUAAAGAUUUUAAAAUAUUUGACAUUCCAAUGUGUCAUUUUACUUCAUUUCUGAAAUGUACAUUAAGGGUGGUGAUUACGGAAUAUAAAGAGCCUUUUACGUGUUUCGUAUGUUUCAUUCUAAUCUUUCAGAAUUUCAAUUUUUUAAGCAUGUUAAUUUUUUUUAAAUUAAAAUUAAAUAUCAUCGCAAAAAAAUUAAAUUAAAAAAUUAUCGACAAAAUCUUGAUUUAAGCCACAUUAACACCACCCCACGCUUCCGAAUUUCGACUUAAAACCUCCUGAAAUUAGAAAUCGGCUUCUUAUACUAACGAGUAUUUACAAAAACUAUCAUAGGGUGACUAUAUAGUGUCAUUUCGUCAUUGUUUGUUGUACAUUUGUUGAUGAAAAUUUAUUUUUAUUUUUUUUAUAAUUUUAGUCUUACGAACAAACAUGUCACAACUUGCUGCAUGCUUGUAAUCAUGUGUGUGCUAGUUAUGUUUAUUGUCCUAGCUUUUUUAGCCACCGAAUGGAUGGCUGAUCCCUUGUGAAACAUUACUAAUGCCAAAAAACUUUUUUCAGUCCUUUUUCUAGACUUAAAAGAAGUUGUGAGCUGACCCUGAAGACACCCUCACCUCAAUUCUUUCCAGAACAAUCGAAGAAUCUUCGACACGACCUGAACAGUUUGGAAAAAAAAAAGAAUAGCUUUCAUCUCCAGAGUUGGAGAUGAUGGCUAUGUUGCAUAGCUGUUUUAAUGAUGCUAUGCAGUGAAGACAGAUUUACAGACAUGAACUUUUGAUAGUUAUUUACAGCAACACAUAGACUUCUUCCUUCCCCUCUUAAAUUAUUUUCCCAUAGACGUCACCCUUCAACUUUAAAAAAAAACUUUGAGGGGGAGGGAGUCUUGCACUCUUUUUUUCGAACAGGAUCCUCUAAAAAUUGUACGGGGUGAAGGGCAGUACAUGUUCGAUGAAUGCGGCAGACGUUAUCUUGAUUGUAUCAAUAAUGUUGCUCAUGUUGGACAUAGUAAUCCUCGUGUGACAAGGGCUUGUGCAGAGCAGAUGAGUCUUCUAUGCACCAACAGCCGUUACUUACACGACAACAUAGUCAUCUAUGCUCAAAAACUAUUAGCUACAUUUCCACCGAAAUUGAAUGUUUGCUAUUUCGUCAAUUCUGGGUCAGAAGCGAAUGACUUAGCUUUAAGAUUAGCCAGAGCCCAUACUGGUCACGAAGACGUCAUUGUUUUAGACGGUGCAUAUCAUGGAAAUCUAUCGACAUCUACGGAUAUGAGUCCGAUGAAAUUUGAAAAAAUUACUGGCGGUAAAAAGGAUUAUGUGCAUGUGGCUGCUUUACCAUGUAGUUAUCGUGGAGAAUACACAUCUGACGAAUACGACAGUGACGUCAUUGGCGAAAAGUAUGCUGAAAAUGUGCAAAAUGUUAUCAACAAAGCACAUUCCAAAGGUCGGCAAAUUGCAGCAUUCUACGCUGAGUCAAUGGUCAGUUGUGGGGGUCAAGUUGUACUACCAAAGGGUUAUCUUUCAAAAGUAUACAACUAUGUUCGACAAGCUGGUGGUAUAUGUGUUGCCGAUGAAGUUCAAACUGGAUUUGGCAGAGUUGGAAAACAUAUGUGGGCCUUUGAAUUACAAGGAGAGGAUGUUUGCCCGGAUAUAGUUACUAUUGGCAAACCCAUGGGUAACGGGCAUCCUGUUUCUGCAGUUAUAACUACGAAAGAAAUCGCUCGAAGCUUUAAAGAUCUCGGAGUAUCUUAUUUUAACACUUAUGGUGGAAACCCGGUGUCCAUGGCAAUAGCUAACUCAGUUUUGGAUAUAAUCGAGGAUGAAGAUUUGCUUUCAAAAGCUGAAAAAACUGGAAAUAAACUUUUAGAUGACCUUCACGAACUUAAGAAACGGCAUUCAAUUAUUGGCGAUAUUAGGGGAGCUGGUUUGUUUGUUGGAAUAGAUUUAGUAAAAGACCGCAUUACGAAAGCUCCAGCAACAGAAGAAGCAGCUUAUACAAUUGCAAGAAUGAAACAGGAGCGAAUACUUCUCAGCGCUGAAGGCAAAUAUAGUAAUGUCCUGAAAUUCAAACCACCUAUGGUUUUUAACGAAGAAAAUGUCAAGACGUUAGUAGAUAAAUUGGAUGAAGUUCUUACUGAAGUCGAAGAAAAAACUGAUAGUUACGAGUCAACAUCUGAACCUUCAUCUGACACUUCAUCUAGCUCGGAUGACGACAUGGCUUCUGCGUCUUCUAGCUGAGCCAUCUGAAUUCUGAUCAUGAAUCUGUAUAUAGUUUUCAAUCCAGAACUGUUAAAACAAUUUAUUUCUAUUAACACUUUGAAUAAGUAAAUUUUUUUUUAAAUUGUUAAAAAUAAGUUGAAUACUAUUAUUUUUAAAGAUAAAUGUUAAAAGUUUUUUUUUCAAUUGAGGCUUCCUUUUAAAACGAUAAUGGGAAAAAUUUAUAUUUUCAAUAUUAGUUUGAAGUUUCUUAGAGGGAAACUUAUAUUUUUAUAAUCAUUAUUUUUCAAGCAGCUAUCUUCAAACUUUUUUCUUUAAAUAUUUUAAAUUUAUACCGGGUGCUACGUAUUCACCGCAAUUAAUGUACAUUUUUAGAGUUCUUGUUAUCUAGACAAAAAGAGUACACACAUUAGUGGUCAGAAGUUGAUAAUAAAAAGAGAAAAUAACUUAAUAGAAGUUUAAAAAGUCGACUCUGAGAAUGGGCAGUACUAAAAACACAAAAACCUGUUUGCUUGCUUAGGAAAUCGAAAAUAAUUAAAAUGUGAUUAUUAUAGGAACCUCGAAGUUCCAUCAGGCAAAGAAAUUGGUUUUGAUGUUUGUCCUCGCACAUUUUACGCUUAAAUAAUAUUUUUAAGACCCCUAAUGUUUAUAUUUUUAAUUUCAUUUUUGAAACAAGCUUAAAGUGAUAUCUUUAAACACCCUGUAAGAAACUAAUCAUGAUAGCAUAACAUUAUAUGCUGCUAGAUUUUCAACUUUGCUAACACUCGAAUAACAUGUAGUUCAAAUAUAUUUCUAAUGAUGUUAUGACGCAUUUUGUUUUAAUAAGAGCUUAAUAGUGAUAUCUUUCUUAAAAAUAAGUUAGAAUGCUGAGCAUAUCGAAUAUGAUUUUUAUUAAGGAUUACAUAUAUUAAAUGUUAUUUAGCUGUUAGCGCACAAAGAAAAUCUAAUUUUCUCUUUUGAAAAUUCAAAUAUGCUUAUUAAGACACAAUUUGAGAAAUUAUUCAUAUUGUAUUCUUUUAAAAAUAGCCCUUAUGAUGUAGUAUUUAUUUAGUUACAUAGAUUAAGGAGGAAAUCAAUAUUUUUCUAUAAAUAUCUUUAUUAGUAAGAAUGAGCAACGAAUUAGUUAAUCCUCGCCAAUAUCACACAUAACUUUUAUGUGAUGCAAUAUUAAUUUCAAUAUAACAACAACGAAUAUUUGAAAUAAUACGUUAUUCAUCAUGUAAAUAUUCAUAUCAAUUCAUUGUAGUUAUGUAACAUGAAGAUGAACAAAUAUGUAUGUUUUGUACAGUUUUCAUUUUGUUAAAUAAAUAUUUUUGUCUUUA